GUCAAGCUUCACGUCAAGCAUCACUCCAUUGAGACAAAAUCGCAAGUUUGUGAUAAAAAUCGUCGCAAAAUACGGGGAAAUCCGGUACGAAGGGUUCCGCGAGUGCGAAUCAACGCGAAAAACGACGCCAAGUGGGCGAAAAGGGCGCUAGAACCGCACGAAAAGAGUGUAGCAUCACACAUACACACGACAUAUACGACCGAAACACACACACGACGAAUCACUUUUCCUUCUCUCUUGUUGUGUGUUUUGUUUACUUGAGCAACUUUUUUUUGGCGUGAAUGCCGCGAAAAACGCGUUAAAAUCCCGUUUCCGGGCGACACGGCACGCGCAUGAAAGCACACGAAUUUACGGCAAACUACGCGGAAAACGCAAGCAAACGGCACAGAAGUAUGACAACGGAUGUUCCUCCUCCGUCAACCACAGCUGCGUCUGUGUUGCAAGACAGUUUCAACAACAAUGCCGAGGACUCGAUGCACUUUAAGACGCCGCAACCGCGCAGAUCUGUCGCUGCCGCAUCCGCAGCAGCGCGCCAACAACAAGUCACGAAGGACCGCACGACAUUCUACAACGAAUUGAUGGCUUUUCACGAGAAAAUUGGGACUCCCAUUACGCGAUUCCCGAAGAUUAGCGGCAAGGAAGUCGACCUGCAUCAGUUGUACAGCUGUAUGGUGGCACGUGGCGGCUGGAUGAAGGUCAAUUUGCGCGACGAAUGGGACGACGUUCUCGCGGACAUGAAUUUGCAGGACACCUGCGUCAAUAUCACGAUUGCCAUCAAACAGAUCUACAUCCGGUACCUCGACAAGUACGAAAAGGUCUACUUUUUGGGCGAGAGCAUCGAUCGCGCCGACGACGAAGACGAGGAAGGCGAAAAGAUGCAUGUGAAACGACUUUCGUCGCGUACCUUGCACGCCAUUCCACAAACCUACAACCAUCAUCAGCAUUAUUUAUCCGAAUCAACAAGAGCUGCGCACAAAUUACCAUCAAACCCUCGAAGGCAAUCCGAGUACGACAAGCUUCUUUUGUCACUGAUGUCGCCUCUCCCGAACGAACAGGACUUUGCGAUCAACGUUUGCACCCUCAUGUCAAACGAAGGGCGUCACAUGCUGAAACUCGAUCGGUGUCCCCGACUACUUGACACCCUAAUGGCUCAUGCGGGCAUCUUCAACUCCCUCAAUAUGCGCGAAAUUUUUACGGAUUUCUACACAAACAUCCGCAAACACUCGCUGGAGUCCUUUUGGAAGGAUUGUCUCGCCGACAAGAAACAUUUUCUCGAACUCGGAUACGAAGAUUUCUUUACAACUGCCGAAAAAGACGACGAAUGCUUAAAUGAGGUACUUGUGGCACGUGAUACGCUCCAACUUACCGAUGGAACGUCGGAUUUGGAGAUAAUUGCGAAAAAACUCAACAUUUCGUCGGAUUUGAAAGACUUGGAUUUUCUUUCAUUAUCGCGCGGUUUGGGCACUCAUGAUUAUAUUGGACAGCGAAUUCAUCAAAUUGCGACAAUUUUGCGGAAUUUGAGUUUUAUUGACGAAAAUGUGGGAACUCUUUCGCGUAAUCGCUCCUUUUUGCGACUUCUCGUGAUGAUGGCGAACGUGCGAUGGAGCAAUUUGCACCACAUGGGACUCGAUAUGCUGGGAAAUGUGGCGCCAGAAGUCGAAUUAAUGGAUCCGACAAUGGAUACGUUGACGCGAUGCGUGAUGACAACUGUCACAGAUGGUCUCGAGUCGCCAGAUCGCGGCGUGAUAAUCAGCUGUUUGGAGAUCCUGAGUAAAUUGCUGGCGAAGGAAUGUAACGAAGAUGCGAUUCACAAGUGCUUGACGCAGAAAAUUUACAAUCAAAUUUGUGUUUUUCUGUGUUUGAAUGACAUUAUGUUGCUGCUCUACACGCUGGAGUGCAUUUAUUCGCUGAGUUCGUUGGGCGAACGGGCAUGCACGAAACUCAUGAACGUUCGGGGGAUAAUUGACACGCUUGUGUCGCUUGUGACGGUAGAGGCGCAAAGUUAUGGACCCGAUGCGUGCAUUUUGAUGCGAGUCGUGGAAACGAUUCCGAGCAAUAUGUUGCAUCAUCAUCAGCAGCAAAAGCAGCAUUCGGUGACGACGCAGCAACUGCACAUUCAAAAUGAGCCGAUUUCGUCGAUUCCGGCGACAAUUACCGUGCAGUCGGCACCCGAGCCACCAAAAAUUCCCAUCCAAGGAACGGGCCCUCCUCAGAUAAUAACAACGACUCAACCGAAUGCCGCCCAAAAUCAGAUCAUCCAAAAUAUCCAAACGGCACUCAUGGGACCGCCAGCUGUCGUUCAACCGCAACCAUCGACGACAACAAUGCCGUCGCAGCAAACAAUCGCGACAUCAACUCCCUCAAAAACCGUCAUUUCGGACACGCAACAAACCCAACAACCACCGAACUCCAUGCUGAGCCCGAAUUCCGUGUCGGCGAAACACGCCCAGCAGCAACUCAUUCAAGAAAACGAGCAAUUCGCAUACGCCUGGUUACGUGCCACGGUCGAGCCAGCACCCACAAAUGUCGCGCAAAAUCGCAUCGAGCAACAGGAAUUGUACAAACUCUACAUGCAAGCGAGCCAGAAAAUCGGGCGUCGAGGCGUUUUGUCGCCAAUUCACUUCCCGCGAUGCGUCCGAACGGUUUUCGGAGGCACAAUUGGCCCGAAUCAGUGUCGCAUGGAACAAAAUGGCGUCGAAAUUAUUCAAUUCUACUACGAAGGACUGAAAUUGAGACAAAAUCCGUUGCCUGUUGUGCACAAAACGCCAGCGCCGCAAUCCACAUCGCCUCUGCUCCAACAAGUGCUCCAAAGUGCAAAUCCCGGCGAAAAGAAUAUCGUUAUCGUGCAACAACCGGCACAGCAGCAGCAACCGACAACAAAUCCCCCAUCAGUUUCCGUUUCCGCAAAUGCUCCCGCAUCGACAUCCAUGCACAUUCGAAGUUUGCUGGCAAAUAAGGUAACAACACCAAAUAAUAACACUUCCGCAGAUCAAGUUGUCGUAACUUGUAAUCAAGUUGUUGCAUCCCCAAAUAAUAACACAAACAAUAACAAUCGUAACAAUAUUAUAACAACAAGUAAUGCCGCCGCAAGUAAUAAUUCUUGUAGCAAUGUCGUGAAAGCGGCCCCAAAUACUACUACCACUUGUUUGAUUGCACCUGGCAAUGUUAAUGUGCAUCAGGUCGCACAACGUCAACUGCAAAAGCAAAAGGACCAAUUAGGUAUGGCAAAUGCUGUAAAUAACACUUCCAUCGUUGUCAACGCCAAUAAUCCAAACAAUCCGACAAAUAUCAAGCUUGGAAAUUCAACAAUUUCGAUAAAACCUGGAACGCUGCCGAAUAAUACAGUUAUAACAGCAACAAAUCAGCUGGCGGCGAGUAAUCCUCCUCCUUUGGCACCCUUGAGUCAAACUGUGAUCAAACCGAUGAAUCAGCAGCCACAGGAGAUGGAUGGAAGUAUCAUCCCAGCGCAUAUAAUCAAAAAAGGCGGCAUGAAAAUCGAUCCAACGGACAUCAAUUCGAACAAUGGCAGUCAAAAGAUGAGUGCGAACAAGAUGUUGGCGGAUUUAUUAGAGAAAAAAUCUGAUCCGCCUUCCUUUGAGGUCGGUGUAAAGCGAAAAGUUGACGGCAUGACGGAUGGCAAUGAGAUGCAACCGCCCACGAAACGUCUGGAAAAUGGAGAAUUGCAACCCGGUGACUUGAUUAAGACAAAUGGCGAAGAAAAAUCGUGCAAAAAAGCAGCUGACCUUUACGCGGAACUGGCAGGUUCGAUAUUAGAAGACGAAGAUAUGGAAGAAGUUGCAUCUACGACGACGCCCGUUAAGGAGCAAAAGUUAGUUGUAGCAAUGCCAAAGACCGGAACGAGUCCCCAGCAAACGCAACAAGGCGGAAAAGUAAUCACAGUACCUGUGCCCCUUCAACGGCAACUUAUCAUGACAACGCCCGGCAAUGCGCCGCAACAGCAACAAAUGAUCAGCGUCACACCGAGCGCUCCGCAACAAACGGCGACAAUCAAAACGGAUGCCGGCUACCAAACCGUACCGAUCAUCUUGCAGCAAGGACAGAAGCAAGUAGCACUAAAUCCGCCGCAAAAUCAGCAAUAUAUCCUGGCGACGAAUCAGCAAGGACAAACGGUGAUGGUGCCGACGCAAUCUGCGAAUCCGCACGGAAUUCAUCAUCCGGGACAACAAACAGUAUUACUUGCGCAAUCGCCACAGCAGCACGGGCAACCGACAAAAACGAUCAUUAUACUGCAACAGCCGGGCGGGCAAGUGAGUGCAAUUGCCGCAAAUCCGCAGGGAAUUCCGCAAUCGCCGCAGCAGACGCCGCCGCAAGCGCAACAAGGGCAAAAAGUUAUCAUGACAACGCCGCAGGGACAACAAGUGCUCGUAACGCAAAUGCCGAGACCGGGACAACCGUUGCAGGCAAAUAAUAUAAUUGGCACGGCGCCGGGCGGGCAGAAGAUAUUCUUCACGCGAAACGCUGCCGGCGAAAUUGAGCUGCAGAAACAAGGGCAACAAGUCAUUCUAGCAUCCAAAGAUCAAGCGCAAACCGGUCAAUUUGUCUUACAACAAUCGCCCGGCGGCACGCAGCAACUUGUAAAUAUCGUUCAGCAAGGCGUUCAACCGCAACGCGGUCAACAAAUUGUCAUCCAAGCAACGCAAGCUCCCACGCAGCCCCAACAACCGGCUCCGCCGCAAGUGCAAGUAACGCAAACGACAAUUCCGGGCACGCCGAAUCAACAUCAGAUUGUGAUACAAAAGCAGGCGCCGACGUCGCAAACGCUACAGCAACAAGUUCCCGCGCCGCCGCAAAUGCAAAUCCAAGCAAAAACCGUAAUUGUCAACAAAUCGGGCGGAAAUGUGAUUGUCGAGGAGAAAUCUGACGCGGAAACGGAACAAAUUCACGUGAAUGGUAUCGAUGCCGUCGAUUCGCCCGUGAUGGAGAACGGAAGUGUGAGCACAAGUGCAACGAAUUCUGCAUGUCAAUCACCCACCGUACCUGCUGUCGCCACAAAUAAUGCUCCGUCGCAAACGAUACAAAUGAUUCCGGCAAUGGAUCCGGCAAAGUGCAUCGAAGAGGAUGUCGAUCCCAGUUGGUUGUGGAUUUGUGAUUGGAGGGGAUGUCCAAAGAAAAAAUUCAAAUCUGCCAAUGAGGUUUACUUACACGCUUGUGCUGUUCAUUGCCCCGACAACAUUGAUCCGAACGCUGAUAUCUACUGUCAAUGGGGUCCCGGUCCAGGAUUAUGUGAUAAUUUACCACGAAAACGUUUCUCACUCAUGACUCACAUUUUCGAUCGUCAUUGCAUGCCAGACUCAUUCCGAGCAGCUGUCAAGCGACGUCUUUCCAAUUCGAAUGAUACGCCAAAGCAACCGUAUCCGGUAACGCUGAUCCGUCAGCCGUCUCCGUGCGGAGAACAGGAAAAAGCGAACGCCUCGGGACCUGGACAGCUACAAAAUGCGGGAUCUGCUGCGUUGCAAGCCAUCAAACGACACAUGAUUGAUUUUCCGGCAGCGAAGGAAUUGACGGACGACAACGAAGGACCCGUCACUAAAAGUAUUCGGUUGACGUCAGCUCUAAUCUUAAGGAAUCUUGUAAAUUAUAGUGCUUUAGCUAAAAGAAAUCUCCGUCAUUACGAACCGCAUUUAGCUGGCGUCGCACUCAGCAACGUCGAAUCCAGCCGGACAAUCGCUCAAGUCUUGUAUGACAUGAACGAAACGCAUCCCGUGUAAAUAAUUACCUUUGGACUUACAAAAAAAUGGAUUCUCACUGUUUAAUUUAAAAAACAAAAACACACAAAAAAUAGGAAAAAUUUGUAAAAAAAAAAAAGUAUUUUUUUAUUUAAAAAAAAAAAAACAGAUCAGCCAGUUAUGAAGAAAAAUGCUGCUUCAGUACUAAAAUUGACUAAAGAUUAGGUUAAAUAAAGAAAAAAAAAGAAAAAGAGUAGCUUAGCAAUUAGAAUUUAACUCAAUUGGAAAAUUUAUGAAAUAGUUCUAAAAAAAGGUAUUUGGUGGAUGAUAAUCCCUUCAAUCGAUAAGGCUUUUUUAUAAUUAUUUGUUUGUUAUUUCUUAGGUUACAAAAAAAAUCACUAAUAAAAAAAAAGAAAAAUGACUUGACUUGUAAAAAAAAACUUAGGUUUAAGAUAUAUAAAGAAAACUAGGAUUAAAAUUUUGUGA